UUGAGCUUCCUUCGCUAGUUCGAGCAUCCAUUCACAUUUUAUUUUCUCUAUAUUAUUUAUAUGUUUUUCAUUUCUUCGAGUUUAAUCGGAGAGCUAGACAAGAGCUAUGGUUUCCGGCGUCAAUGGCAACGACGGCGCCGGUGUGGAUUCCGGCCAUGCUCGCCUCCAUGAGCUCGGAUACAAGCAAGAGCUCAAGCGUGAUCUCUCGGUGUUGUCCAACUUCGCCUUCUCCUUCUCCAUCAUCUCUGUGCUCACAGGGAUAACUACGUUGUACAACACGGGGCUCAAGUAUGGAGGGCCGAUAGUUAUGACCUAUGGAUGGUUUGUCGCUGCUUUUUUCACCAUGUCUGUUGGUUUAUCCAUGGCGGAGAUCUGCUCUUCUUUCCCUACUUCUGGUGGUCUCUAUUACUGGAGUGCUAGGCUUUCCGGCAAGAAAUGGGCGCCCUUUGCUUCUUGGAUGACUGGGUGGUUUAAUAUUGUCGGUCAGUGGGCUGUCACUACCAGUGUAGAUUUCUCACUGGCACAGCUAAUUCAAGUAAUUAUCCUGCUUAGCACAGGAGGAAACAAUGGAGGAGGUUACCUUGCUUCAAAAUAUGUCGUUAUUGCUUUCCAUGGAGGAAUUCUACUUGUCCAUGCCAUUUUAAAUAGUCUGCCUAUUUCAUGGUUAUCAUUCUUUGGACAGCUUGCUGCUGCCUGGAAUCUGUUAGGUGUCUUUGUCCUUAUGAUCCUCAUACCCACUGUUGCAACUAAAAAGGCCAGUGCAGAAUUUGUAUUCACUCAUUUCAACACUGAUAAUGAUGCUGGAAUUCAUAGCAAGGUUUACAUUUUUGUUUUGGGCCUUCUAAUGAGCCAAUAUACAUUGACUGGAUAUGAUGCAUCUGCUCAUAUGACAGAGGAAACUAAAAAUGCGGAUAUGAAUGGACCAAAAGGAAUUAUCAGUGCCAUCGGCAUAUCAAUAAUUGUCGGCUGGGGCUAUUUGCUUGGCAUCACAUUUGCUGUUACAAACAUUCCUGAACUUUUGAAUUUGGACAAUGAUGCUGGAGGAUAUGCAAUUGCUGAGGUAUUUUAUCAGGUCUUUAAGAGCAGAUAUGGAAAUGGAGUUGGUGGGAUAAUUUGUUUGGGAAUUAUUGCUGUUGCAAUAUUCUUCUGUGGUAUGAGUUCAGUGACGAGCAACUCAAGGAUGGCAUACGCAUUUUCAAGAGAUGGAGCAAUGCCAUUGUCAGCACAGUGGCACAAAGUGAACAAGAACGAAGUCCCAAUAAAUGCAGUUUGGCUUUCUGUGUUCAUAUCAUUUUGCAUGGCAUUGACGUCACUUGGAAGCUUGGUAGCAUUCCAAGCCAUGGUAUCAAUAGCUACCAUUGGGCUAUACAUUGCUUAUGCUCUACCGAUCUUCUUUCGGGUGACUCUUGCUCGAAGGACCUUCGUUCCAGGGCCAUUCAACCUCGGCCGCUAUGGAGUUCUAGUUGGCUGGAUUGCUGUUCUUUGGGUAGCAACCAUCACAGUUAUGUUCUCACUUCCUGUUCAAUAUCCAGUCACAAAGGACACCCUAAAUUAUACACCAGUUGCUGUGGGAGGUCUACUCAUUCUCACUGUUUCAUCAUGGUUUAUCAGCGCUAGGCAUUGGUUCAAAGGCCCCAUAACCAAUUUAAGCACUUGAUGUUUCAAAGAAAAUCAAAAUCUUCUUGUAGUAUCAUUCUUCUCUAUUUGAUAAUUUGCUACAAAAUCAAAUUCUAGAAUCUGUUUCCCUCAAGCUUUGUCUUUAGAUGAUGUUACAUAUGAAAAAAAGUGAAGUGUAUGUUCUACCAAAUUGAGUAAUGCAUUUUUUUUUAAAUA